UCUUUAGUUGUUUAAAAUUGCUCACGUCCACGAAUCACAUAAAAGAAAAUAAAAAAUCUCAAUUAAUUUUUUUUGGCUUUUGUUGCACACUCGUGACCUCCAUUAAUGGCUGCAGGCUGCAAGUAAACCUCAGUUUGCUACAUAAUGUUAAUGGCACCCUCAGCCCCAGGCGUCUAUACUUCAUGAAGAGUCGGAUCUUGGAUAUUUGAUUGAAUCUGGAAAAUGGGUUGUCGGAUUUGGGUUAUGGGCAUGUGCCUUUGGAUGUGUGUGUUCAGCUACAGCUUCAUUUCUGUGAACUCAAGGAUUGUAGGAGAUGGGGUUGCUGAGGGGACUGUUUUCAUUGAUGGGAAAGCAGCCAUUGGGAGGAUUGAUGAUGAUUUUGUUUGUGCAACCAUUGAUUGGUGGCCUCCUGAGAAAUGUGACUAUGGAACAUGCAGCUGGGGUCGUGCUUCUCUGCUCAAUCUGGAUCUUGGCAACAAUAUUCUAUUAAAUGCCAUAAAAGCCUUUUCUCCCUUAAAACUUCGACUGGGGGGCAGUUUGCAAGACAAGGUGAUAUAUGAUACUGAAGAAAACAAGCAACCUUGUAUUCCUUUUGCUAAGAAUACCUCAGAGCUGUUUGGUUUCACUCAGGGUUGCUUACCCAUAAAUAGAUGGGAUGAAUUAAACAACUUCUUCAAGAAAUCUGGGGCUAAGAUUAUUUUCGGCUUAAAUGCUCUCAAUGGACGAUCUAUCAAGUCUGAUGGGUCUACCACUGGAGCUUGGGAUUACACUAAUGCUGAAUCUCUAAUACAUUAUACUGUCAGAAACAACCACACCAUUCAUGGUUGGGAGCUCGGAAAUGAAUUGAGUGGGAAUGGAGUGGGAACAAGAGUUGCAGCAGAUCAGUAUGCCUUGGACACCAUCUCUUUACAAAGAAUAGUCCAAAAUAUUUACAAGGAGAUAGAGCCAAAGCCCCUGAUCAUAGCACCAGGAGGAUUCUUUGAUGCAAAAUGGUUCAAAGAAUUCUUAGAUAAGGCAACCACAUCUUUGGAUGUCAUCACCCACCACAUAUAUAAUCUGGGGCCAGGAGUUGAUCAGCACCUUGUUGAAAAGAUCCUUGACCCAUCCUAUCUUGAUGGUGAGGCUGAUACAUUUAGGGGACUCCAUAACAUUCUCAGGACUUCUCCAACUCCAGCAACUGCAUGGGUUGGUGAGGCAGGAGGGGCUUACAAUAGUGGCCACAAUCUUGUCACCAAUGCAUUUGUGUUUAGUUUCUGGUACUUAGAUCAGCUUGGAAUGGCGUCAGCAUUCGACACAAAGACAUACUGCAGACAGACGUUUAUCGGCGGAAACUACGGUCUACUUAACACCACAACCUUUGAACCAAAUCCGGAUUACUACAGUGCUCUUCUUUGGCAUAGACUAAUGGGAAGAAAAGUUCUGUCAACUAGCUUUUCAGGGACAAAGAAAAUCCGAGCUUACACUCACUGUGCAAAACAUUCUAAAGGAAUCACAAUAUUGUUAAUCAACCUUGACAAUAGCACAACCAUCCAGGCCAAAGUAGGCUUCAACAGUAGUUGGAGUUUUGGACAUAAAAAGAAUAUUUUUCAGCUGCUUCAAGUUUAUGAAAGAGAGGAAUACCAUCUAACAGCAAAAGAUGGGAAUUUACACAGCCAAAGAGUGCUGCUAAAUGGAAACAUUUUGAGUGUAAAUUCAUCUGGGGAGAUACCUCCUUUGGAGCCUUUGUAUGCAAAUUCAUCAAACCCAAUAAAGGUAGAUCCUUUCUCUAUUGUAUUCGCUCACAUCCCUGAUCUUGUUCUUCCUGCUUGCAUGUAGGAUGGCACUAGAUGGAACUAAAAUUGGUUACAUCUAGUAAUCAAAUAAGUGAGAGAAUACAAGAGAAACGAUUUUAUCCUUUUUUGUUAGUGAAGCAUAAUUCUUUUUUUC